UGAUUUUAUGUUUUGCCUGUUUUCUUUCUAAAAGCAACAGUUUUGCAAGGGUUUGAGAGAUUUGUUUGGUGUACUGUUUCAUGUUGAAGGAAAUGAUAAAACUACAGAGGAACCGUUUGGAAAAAAAUUGUUUUGUGUUACUGAUAGAAUUUUUUUACUGAAAAACUCUUUAGGGUAUUUGCAUCUUCCUUUUUUUCAUCAUGAGUUUUAUUUUCAUAUCUUUGGGCUGAGGCAACAACUGUCAGCUGUACUUGCAACUGGCAGAGCACAAGCCUCCCUUUCCUUACCUCUUUCCUCCCCUUCUUUCUGCUGUACUGGACCCUCUCGAGACAUCCAGCCUUAAAAACUAGAGUUAUCCUAAGUCGGCUCCCAAGCUGCAGCUGCUUAUCUUGGGCAGAAUGCUUUUUGUGUGCUAAAGGUGAUAAAGGCUAUUGAGGUGGGAAGAACAACUCAGGAAAGGAUUUCCCUUGGUUCGUUUCCCUUUGAGAAGAGAAGAACCUGCGAACACCGAUGAUCUAAGAAAUACGAACACCGAUACUUGAAUCAUUUUGUGAUCCUGCCUUUCUGCCCGGCUGGACCUUGGUGACACUCUCCGUUCUUUCACAUUCGAGAACAUUUUUCUUUGUAUGUGGAGCUGAAACCUGGGAAUGCGUUAUUAUGGCAGCAGUUGUACAGCAGAAUGAGCUUGUGUUUGAAUUUGCCAGCAACGUCAUGGAGGAUGAGCAGCAGCUUGGUGAUCCAUCUAUUUUCCCUGCUGUCAUCGUGGAGCAUGUUCCUAGCGCAGACCUCCUUCAUAACUACUCGGGCUUAUCCUGCGUGGAUGAACCUAGUGACAUGAUCACUGAGAGCUCUCUGGACGUCGCAGAAGAGCAAAUCAUAGAAGAUGAUGAUAUCACACUCACAGUUGAAGCAUCUUGUCAUAAUGGAGAUGAAACAAUGGAAACAAUCGAGGCUGCUGAAGCACUUCUCAACAUGGACUCCCCUGGUCCUAUGUUGGAUGAAAAAAGAAUAACAACUAUGUUCGGCGCAACUGAAGAUGAUGAUAUGGUGGCUCCUAUUACACACGUGUCAGUCACACUUGAUGGGAUCCCUGAGGUGGUAGAAGUUCACCAGGCCCCAGACUCUUACGCUGAAUCACCAGAGACUCCAGAAUUUGAACAACCAAAGAAGAAAAAAGGGAAGAAGCCGAAACCGUGUCGUCCUGAGUCCCCUACUACAACUCCAAACAUAUCUGUGAAGAAGAAAAACAAAGAUGGAAAGGGAAAUACAAUUUAUCUCUGGGAGUUCUUACUAGCACUGCUCCAGGACAAAGCUACGUGUCCUAAAUAUAUCAAAUGGACUCAAAGAGAGAAGGGCAUUUUCAAACUGGUAGAUUCCAAAGCUGUGUCCAGGUUGUGGGGAAAACACAAAAACAAACCUGACAUGAAUUAUGAAACAAUGGGUAGAGCUCUCAGAUACUAUUACCAAAGAGGAAUACUGGCUAAAGUAGAAGGUCAGCGCCUAGUAUAUCAAUUUAAAGAAAUGCCAAAAGAUCUCGUCUAUAUAGAUGAUGAAGAUGCGAGCCCUAGCACUGAAUCAUCAGAUUCAGCUCUGCUCUCAACUCCUGUGGCCAAUAGAAACCAGUCGAGCAGAUCUAGAGCUUCUGCAAACACGGGAACAAAGGGAGGAUCAACCACAGUGCUAAAAACAGGAAACUCAAAGCCUGCUAAGCUGAAGGAGCACGUAGAAGUUGUACAGCAGCAGACACCUGGCUUGACUUCAGAAGUUUUGAGGACAAUGCAGUCUCCACAGCCAGUACAUCCCACUCAGCUUUUUCGGACAGUUCAUGUAAUGCAGCCAUUGCAGUCCCUCACAGAAGGACAUGCUGCUGUAACCAGUAAUGUUCCGGAUGAAACGUUAAAUCCCUCGGUUCAGAAUAUAAGGACUUUACAGACUCCAACCCAAGUUCCAGUGGUUGUUUCUCCUGGAAAUCAGCAGCUGCAUACUGUAACACUCCAGACGGUGCCUCUUACUACAGUGAUAGCCAGCACAGAUCCAGCCUCAGCAACAACACCCCAAAAAUUCAUUUUACAAGCCAUUCCUACAUCACAGCCCAUGACAGUUCUUAAAGAGAACGUCAUGCUACAGUCUCAGAAGCCAGUCUCGCCUCCUUCCUCAAUUGUGCUGAGCCCAGCACAAGUUCAGCAGGUGCUCACCAGCAGCGUGCAGACAAUUUGCAAUGGAACAGUCAACAUGGCUUCGUCUCCAUCCUUCAGUGCCACUACCCCCGUGGUAACGUUUUCACCUAGCAGCUCACAGGUGGUAGCUCAUCCAUCGGGCACGGUGAUCACUUCGGUUAUUAAAGCACCAGAAACAAAACAGAUUGGCAUGCAGGGAGUGGUAAAGGAAGAAGACAGUGACGAAUUAGAUGAUACUGAGCAGUCGGAGCAGAGAUUCCAGCAGCAACCGUUUGUGAUGGUAGUGUCCAGUUCAAAUGGCUUCCCAUCUAACGUGCAAGUGAAGCAAGAAAAUGAGCCAUUGGAACCCAAUUCAUAUUAAUAAAUUAAAAAAAAAAAAAAAAAGACCCUGUGGAUGAUUAUUUUCAUAAAUGUGAUGGGACCUUUUCAGUUAUGUAUAUAUGAUUUGAUUCUGAAGCAAGAUUUUGCAAAGCUACUUAAUUUCUGCAGUUAAUUUUUAGAAUUCAUGCUUUAGAAUGGAUUUUGAUUUUCUGUUAAUUGCUAAAUGUUAUCAUACAAAUAAAAUUAUAUAUUACUCAUGUUUCAAGAUACAGGCAUGAAGGAACAUGCUUUUUACGCUAUGAAGACUUUCCUUGAGGUUGUUGGCCAAAGUUUCAAACUUCUUUCUUGCUGUACGUUUUCAGUCUGUUGCUGAUUUACAUUGCAGUAACAUUAUUAUAACCUUUUCUGUUUAAUCCAUAUGUGUAUCACUUAACUUUUGAAGCAACAGUUACUUUUAGUGGGACAUUUUCAUUCCAUGUGUAUGAGUUUUUAUCAUCAAGUUACCUGUUUCCUACUGGUGAAUGACACCAGUUUAGACUUUGAUAACCAGGUAACCUCCUGCAUUUUUUGCAGCACAAGCUCUUGUGCGUGCAAAAUUGAAUAUACACUCCUAUUGAGAGUACACGAAACAUUUAUUCCAGUAAUGGACAAUGCCAUGUCUAUAUUUUAUAUGAAAACAUCAGAUAUAUUUAAUUACAGAAGCUAACGGCAUCACUACAGGUGCAAACGUUUCAUGCCAUUUUGCGACUAUGAAGCUUAACAAUCUUGCUUUCUACUUCAGAUUAUUUUGUAAGGGGGGAGGGAAAUUAAAUAUACACAAUUUAUGCAGGUAUUUGGAGAUUAAUACUGCUAAGAGUUCUUUUUUUUUUUUUGAUUGUAAAUAAUGUACAUUUAAUGUCACAGGGAAGUUUUUUCAGCUAAUUUGUUUCCAUACAAAUUUUUGAUAGAUGCAAAUAAGAUCAUUAUGUUUAGAGGUCUAAUGUUAUAUGUAUUCAUAUUACAGAGUGAAUUUGUAUUUAAAGACAAAUUUUUAAAUGAUGGAGCCCUCUGAAGCUUGGGUCCUUGUCUUUUGUAUUUUUAAUUGGUUUAUUAUGAAAAUAAAUCAAGUGGAAAAACA